AUGCCAAUCAGCUUCAAAAUUUAUGUCACCAUUAAUGUAAUUGCCUCAAGGGACGGUGUGCAUGCACUCCAACCUCUUUAUCACGAAUCUGCACCUUUCACGUCUGGGAAAUUGCGACUUUAUCUUCUACUUCGACGCUACAGGGUGAUUCGUUCCAUCUCUAACACUUUAGCGAUGGGGGGAAUCACGGAAAAAUUCUGCUUAAGCCUGUAUUUUGUUUUUACAGUGUUUAUUCAACUGAAAAGUUGUGGUACUGCAAUCGAGGGUGGAGAUACUCUUUCCUUGGACACUUCGCUUACUGGAAACCAGACAAUAAUUUCCAUGAAUGGUACAUUUGAAUUGGGAUUCUUCAACCCAAAUGGAACCAGUAACUGGUAUAUCGGCAUCUGGUAUGCCAAUAUGGCAGAGAAGACUUACGUUUGGGUGACUAACAGGGAGACUCCCGCGAGAAACAGGUCUAGCGUUUUGAAGCUGUCUAAAGAAGGUGAUCUGGGUCUGUUUAACGCAACGGGUGCAUCUCUUUGGUGGGCCAAUGUGACCAAGAAGGCUUUCCAGGCUGUAAUAUUAGAUUCUGGUAAUUUUGUAUUGCUCAGUGUUGACAAUAAAUCUGAAAUUGUUUGGCAGAGUUUCGACCAUCCUGUUGACACCGUGUUGCCAGGGAUGAGGUUCGGUGGACAGCAAAAGCUAGUCUCUUGGAAAAGUUCAUUGGAUCCUGCUCCUGGGCUUUUCUCCUAUCAGGUGGAUCCAUCUGGGGCCAAACAAUUAUUGCUAACAUGGAACAAUUCUGUACGGUAUUGGACAUGCGGAACUUGGGACGGCAAUGUUUUCAGUCAAAUUCCAGAAAUGACAAACAAAGACUCCUACAAUAUCACCGUUGAAAAUAACAAAUCUGGUUUGUAUGUCACAUAUACACUGAAGAAUAUCCUCUCACGUUAUGUCCUAGCUAAGUCUGGAGAAAUUCAGCAAUAUGCUCUUCUUAAUGACAGUAGAUGGAACUUGUUCUGGUCUCAACCAAGAGAUCAAUGUGCCGUAUAUGGUCUGUGCGGCGCUUACGGAAACUGCAACCCCAACGAUAUUCAAUUCUGCAGCUGUGUGGAAGGAUUCACCCCCACAGACAUCCAGGCCUGGGAUUCGCGCGAGUCAUGGUCCAGUGGCUGUGUUCGGCAAAGCCCCUUAAACUGUGAUACUAAAAAUAGCAGCACGGACGGAUUCCUCGAGCCGAGCGUCACGUCGCCUGAUGUUGAUUCCGCUUCCUCAUACCCUGCAACCACAAAGAAUCAUUGCCAGAAAGCCUGCCUCCUCAAUUGCUCGUACACUGCGUUUACUUUCAAACCGCCUUUCGGGCCGUGCCAAAUCUGGUCAGGAGAUUUGUUAAAUAUGUAUAGAAGUGAACCCAAAAGCAAUUCAAAUGUUUUUAUUCGAGUGGCUGCCUCUGCACUUCACAAGACUGAUAAAUCGUCCUCCUCCAAACACAAAACAGCAGCUAUCGUAGACGUAGUGCUAGGUAUUGUUGGUGCUCUCGUCGUUGCUUUGGGUAUCUUUUCAACUUUAAUGUGGUGGAGGCAUCCGCAGGGACAUCGGCCAGGAUUGAUAGAGAGGUAUGCAGAUCCCGCGAACUCUUUUCUUAGAAUGUUUAGCUACAUGGAGUUGAGGAUUGCAACUAGGAAUUUCAGGUAUAAGUUGGGGAGCGGAGGAUUCGGCACCGUGUUCAAAGGAACCCUAAUAGACGGCACGCUUGUGGCCGUAAAGAAAAUGGAGGGUUCAAGACAAGAUGAAAAGCAAUUCCGAGCGGAAAUCAGUUCUCUUGGAAUCAUACAACAUGUGAAUUUGGUCAGGCUUCGAGGGUUUUGUGCACAAGGAUCGAGAAGGUUUCUGAUUUAUGAUUACAUGCCCAAUGGCUCUCUGAAUACUUUACUCUUCUCAAGUAGUUCGAAAAGCAAACGGACUGUACUUCAUUGGAAGACCCGAUUUGAUAUUGCAUUAGGCACUGCAAGAGGGCUACAUUAUCUCCACGAAAAAUGCAGAGAUUGCAUCAUUCACUGCGAUAUUAAGCCCGAGAACAUUCUUCUGGACAAUAAUUUUUCAGCCAAGUUAGCAGAUUUCGGAUUGGCGAAGCUUGUGGGUAGAGAUUUCAGCCGCGUCCUAACCACAACAAGAGGAACGAGAGGGUAUUUGGCUCCAGAGUGGAUCUCCGGUCUUCCCAUCACUCCCAAGGUUGAUGUGUACAGUUUUGGUAUGACGCUCUUGGAAAUCAUUUCUGGUCGAAGAAAUCUAGAUUUAAACGAGCAAGAUUCAAGUAAGUAUUACUUUCCCGCGUGGGCAGCAACUCAAAUUUACAACGGCAACACGAUUAAUAUUGUGGAGGAGGGUAUCGCAGAGGAGAGAGAUCUUGAGGAGGUGAGAAGAGCAAGUAUUGUAGGGUUGUUAUGCAUUGAACAGGAUGAGGAGGUGAGGCCAAGCAUGGGACAAGUGGUGCUAUUGCUGGAAGGGAAGACGCAGCCUCAAAUUCGACAGGUUCAGAUCUCUGCGAACAUGGACAAGCAAGCAAACAGAAGCGAGACUGACAGCGAUAGCGAUGGCGAGGUUAUCCAUUAGAAUAACCGAGUAGGAAGCAUGAUAUUUACAUUGUUCGAUGAUUU